ACAACAUGUUUAAGGAGUGGUCGAGGGCUUGAUUCAUUACUUUAACGGAUUGAAAAUGGGUCGAUUUGAAAGUCGUCUAGCAACAUCAACCGAUGAAUCAACCCUGUACGAUCUCCUCUAUGAGUAGUACGUCGUCGAGCAGGACUUGGGAGAAGAAUUCACGAAUUCACAACAAAAUUUCAUAAAUCAUUUCAACCUUGGGCACUUUUCGGCGCUUCUCACCGAGGUUAUAGAUGAGACAGAAUGCAAGAGAGAAGUUAUCGGAUGCACCUUCCUUUCCUUUCUAUAUAAUUACAUCGUUGGUAGAAGAAGUUUCAUACACUGCUGUUAUGUGAAGCCAGCCUUCAGAGACCAUGGGCUCCAGCAUGAAUUGAUAAAGCUAGCCAGAAAGGUUUCUGUAGAUAAAGGAGUCCGUACCAGCGUGAUGACUGUAUGUGGGAAAGACGGUACAUUCGAAUCAGCCUUGGAAGCUGAAGGUGCGAUCAAUAUGACAACCAUGCCGUCCAGUCCAAGUAAUUACUGGGAGAUGCAGAAUCACUCGACAACACCAGAGUUUUCGGAUGACGAUUAUGUGAUUCGUGAAGGGACACCUGAAGACCUAGAUGACGUAUACGCUUUAUGUGAAAAGCUGAUUGAGUAUGAAAAAGUGGAGGAGUUUGUAUCGCUUACCAAAGAAGAAUUUGUAAGCGACGGCGGAGUGGAUGAAGCCCUGUACGGAACAGUCAUUUUAGAACAUCGGCGUCGUGUUGACGACCAUGAGGACAUCGUCAUCCAUGAUAUCAUCGGAUGUGUACAAUAUUCAAAGAUGUAUCAUGCAUUGAAAGGAAAUACAUAUUACCUACAAGGACUCUAUAUCGAACCAGGUCAUAAAGGAAAAGGAUUGGGUAAGGCAUUAGUCCAAGCAGCACUGCAGAUUUGCAAGGAUCGCAAUGGUGACGGAUUCAUCUUCAUGAUUAUGACUGAAAACAUCGUAUCACAAUCACUCUUCAAAUCACUCAAGGGUAUUAACAUGACUCAAUCAAAACAUAACGUAACAACUUACUUACUCAGGUAACAAGAUAUUGCAAGCACACAUCGCUGGUAGAUUAAAUUUUAAUUUCGAUCAUAGAAGGUUCAAAGAUCUCGUGUAGAUUCUUAAUCAAAAUCUAUUCCCCUUUAUCUUUAGCAGCAAGGAAUUAACGAUGAAGGUAGCUAUCAAAUCCAAAGUUUCCAUUGUUUUUGCGACAAUAAUUGGAAAUUAAGCAAAGCCAUAUAACUCUUAAACAAUAUA